AAUACUUGUCUGAAAAGACGCUGGUUUCGUUAUACGUGAGUGGAAUUACGAAAUAUUCGUAGUAUUUAUAAUACAUUACAAGUUAUAGCUGAGUAUCACAUUAAUGACAGUAUUUGUCAUUAUGUUGGUCUUUCAUUUCACUAGCUAAAUGUUGUUUUUUUAUUCAUGGCAACGCUUUGUUCAAAAACACAGUAACUAGCUAGCUAGCUAAGUAGUAACUAGUCGUGACUGUUUUGCGAACUGGGUAAGUUAAGGCAGUGGUGGCUAGCUGUAGUUGUUCAUAUUUGCCGUUUUCCGAUAGCUUCAGGAAAGAGUCACGGAUGCAUUUACUACAAUGUUUCUAGCAAAUUUCUUGCUACUUACACAUACUUUUAGCAUAUAGGUUUGGCAAGCCGUUUUAACAUUUAUUGACAUUUUGUAAAUAUAUUGGUACUAGCUAGCUAGUGUUAGCUAGCCUACAGUAUUGCCUACAGUGCUGUAUUGUUUAAGUAAAUUGUUUGCUGCUUUUUAAUGAGCAAACCAUACUGUAUAUCUUACAUGUAGCUACUCUUGUCUUUUUUAUCAUAUGGGUAUUUACAAAUGACUUAGGAUAUACUAGUUAAUGAGGUUAAUGUUCUCAUAACAUCUUGAGAACGUUGAGAUCCUCAAUUGUUACAAUACAAACCUUUUUGGAACCAAUAUAUUUAAGACGAGUUUGGACUGCUUUUAUUAAUUCAACUUUGUAGGAGUAAAGCAAACCUGCUUGAUGGUAGAGUACUACCUCGACUACUAAGAAGCAAGAAGGCUGCAGUCUGGGAAGGACUUUAAACAUAUGGACUUGCUUACUUAGUAUAGUUACAGUGUCCCUGUUUGACUUCCUCUCAUAGAAGGGUGAAAGAAGGCACACCAACACAUGGAAUGAGUGUAAACAUAUUUUCCCUUUCGGACAAACACUCAAACACCAUCAACCACAAAUAGACACUUAAAUUCCAAACCAUGGUGGAUAACCGCUUCGCUACAGCACUGGUGAUUGGCUCUGUUCUGAGUCUGCUGGCCACCGUUUACCUUUCUCUUGCCAUUGGAACACAACACUGGUACCAAUAUCGAAGUCCACCCGGCAGCCACGAGGCCAACAAUGCCACGGAGCUCAGCGAGGAGUUCAUAAACGCAGAGUUCGAUGAGAAGUCCUACAGUGACACGCUGUUCCGUCUUAACGGCACACUUGGGCUGUGGUGGAGAUGUGUGCAGGCGCCAGGCGUGUCACACUGGUUCAAAGAGCCUGACCCGGGGGCCCCCAGCGAGAAUGCUUUGCCCCCCAAAAAUAGUUUGGAUCCUAAGAUAGUAACGAGGUGCGUGAGCUUUACCCUGCACCAACAGUUUUUACCCAAGUACAGAGAACCAGGCAAUCAUAACACUGGGGAGGACAUGCUUCGAACAUACCUAUGGAGGUGCCAGUUCCUGCUACCUCUGGUGUCCCUGGCCCUAGUGUUCCUGAGCGGCCUCAUUGGUGUGUGCGCCUGCCUCUGCCGUAGCCUCACCCCCACCCUGGGUGUAGGGGUGCUCCACCUGCUGGCAGGUCUGUGUUCUCUGGGCACAGUGUGCUGCUUCUUGGCCGGAAUGGACCUGCUCCACCGGGUCUCGGUGCUGCCCGACGGCGUGGAUGACUCCCUGGGCUGGUCCCUCUACCUGGCCCUCAUCUCUUCGCCGUUGCAGAUGAUGGCGGCCGCGCUCUUCCUCUGGGCGGCCCGGAGCCACCGCCAGAAUUACACCCGUAUGAGUGCUUACCGGGUGGCUUAAAUAGACUUGAGUUUCUUUGCCACAUCAGGGUUGCGUUCAGUAAAACAGUAAUGUUUUGAAAUAUGCAGAUGAAACUUUAACUGUCUCAAAUACAAAAUGAGUUGGCUAGUUAUUAAGCUUUUCGCAUAUGGAAUGUGUUACUGAAUGUGACCCUUAUCUUAAACACAGUCUACACCGCAAUGCUCGUCAUUCUUGCUCUUAGAAGGCCUCUGUCUGUUAACAUAUAUCUUAGCACAGCCUUGGACUGAAUCGAAGGAAGAAUCUGGGUCACUUUCAUGAAGGUGCAACGUGGUGACCCAUUGCAGAUAGAAGUGUGAUACCUAGAGCUGACAUGAUUUACUAAUCUGCAUGCCAUGAGUAUCUGAUUGUUCCAACAUUGUGCCCUACUCUAUGCGUUUGAAGUUCUGUUGCACUGGGCUGGGACAAAAGUCUACAGGGGAUGGAUAACACUGACUUACAGUGGCCUGAUGAUUUGUUUAUGACUGCACCUGAUUGUGGCUGCUUUUACAGUGUUGACAGUCCUUCCAGUUAUCACAACUGGUUGACAGCUGUUAGUGACAACACCCCUCAGGUUGGCUUAAAGAAUGCCACCCAGAAUUACUUGGUGUGCAAAACCACCAAGCCACCCUAAGCACAACUGUACGACAGACGAAACUAGCCAAUAAAACCUCAAACGAGACAACACCUGUAUAAAUAUAGCCAGAGAGCCUAAUCACAGUCACAGGGAUUAGUUUGAUUUUAGGAAUAAUUUGUUCCCAACCCUCAUCAGUAACGACAACUGUUUGAUUAUGAAGAAAUUAUUUUUUUUUAUUUUCGUUUGUUUGUGUCUUUGGUUAUAGCUCAUGGUUAAGUCUCUGAGUGACUUGACUGAGUACCCCUUGUUAAAUAGUGUAGUGAUUAGAGACACGGACUACGGAACAACAGGUCCCGAUUUCGCCUCACAUCACUGAUAAAACAUAUUAUGCCUCAGGAUGUGUUCAGGACGGACAAAAGCUUUGCUAGCUACAACCUUCUGUAGCUACGUAAUUGGAAGCCUAAAAUAGAACAGUUCUGGUGGAUAUUAGGAUUUGUUCAGGAUAGACAAACACUUCGCUGUCUACACGAUUCUCUUGUCUUUUCUUGAAGAAAAAGACAGUUAUCGUCACCUAGCAGCUGGAUAUUAUGCCAGCAGUACUCACAUUUUAUUUAUCACAAUAAAAGCCAUUAUUGAAAUUUAGUCUCUGGAAAAAAAAUAGACAAGAAUAACAUUGGAACGGACAUUAACCAUAAAAUGUACAGACUAGAUUAACCAAAUUACCUUAUAUCUUUCAAUGAUGACUUUUAUUAUGACUUUUAGUUAGUGCAGCUAGCAUAAUAUCCUGCUGCUAGAAGAACGGUAAUGAAGCCUCAAAUGGCCAUCACUAUCGUCACCUAUAUUGAUAGAUACUGUAUCAAUGUCAUUCACGAAUGGCUAAUUAGCUGUUAAAACGGUCAGUGGCAAAAGAGGAUUUGUUCAGGAUAAACAAAAACGUCGCUGGCUGCAAUCUUCAAUAGCUAUGUUAUAUAGAAGACUAAAAUGAAACUGUUUACUGUUAUAUUGUGACUAUUUCUGGUGGAUUUUCUAAUUAUUUCUUAGGAUUUGUUCAGGAUAGACAAACACUUUGCUGACUAAACGUUACUCCCAUCUUUUCACUAAACGAAAAAGUCAGUUACUGUCACCUAUAUUGAUACAGUAGUUAUUGUAUCAAUGUUAUUCACGAAUGGCCAGUAAGCUGUUAAAAUGGCCAGUGGCAAAAGCCAUUAAGUUCAUAGAUGCUAUUUGUGGUGGAGGAAAACGUAAGAAAUUUUACCCAGUUUAACAUUGGUUAAUGGUGUCUAACAAAAUAUUCAAACUUGACAAGAUGUAAAUGCGUGACAAAAUUAUAUAAUGUCAAUAGGCUAUACCGACACCCGGCGGAUGUAUACCUUGGUGGCAUAGUGGUUAAAGGCACAGCCUUUCAUGCGGGUUCGAAUCUCGGGAGGGCAACAAUGAUCUAUGCUUUUUAUUGCGGGCUGGCUGAACUAGGCUUGCCUGGUUUCUUGUUUUAUUAUUGUCAAGUAAACAAUUGCAGUUAUUUUUGCCUUUUAUUGCCAUCACUACAAAUUAUGAAUGAUAUAUUUUUGCAUUACUGCAUGGAUAGAUGAUGAUAGCCUUUUACUGUGGGUUUUCCUGAAAUAAAUGGUUUGUUUUUUGUGCUUUUGUUUUUUAUAAUGUUAUCUGUAUUACAUGAUUAUUGAAGUGAUUUGACCCUUUUGCCUACAUAGUCUCUUAAUUUAAUCUGAUGAGAUUGUUUGGUGUAAUUCUGUGGUAUAGAUGUUAAUUGAAUGUUGCCUAUUGGAAUGUAACCACUUAUUUGCCCUUGUCAUCCAUAUUUAUUGACUUUUUGUAUUUCAGUGUGUUGAUUUCAUGCCACCCUAGCAAACAGGGAAUGUUCUAGGAACAUCAAGGGGACCAUGACGCAGCCUCCUGACGUUCCAGGGACAUCCAAACAGGGAAUGUUCUAGGAACAUCAAGGGGACCAUGACACAGCCUCCUGACGUUCCAGGGACAUCCAAACAGGGAAUGUUGUAGGAACAUCAAGGGCACCAUGACACAGCCUCCUGAGGUUCCAGGGACAUCCAAACAGGGAAUGUUGUAUGAACAUCAAGGGCACCAUGAAACAGCCUCCUGAUGUUCCAGGGACAUCCAAAUUACUUUUCUGUUUGCAGGCACUAUAGUUAACCAUUGGUUUGAUUUCCUUAUUUAUGUUCUUGAGCAUUUAUUUUUGUUAAGAUGAAGUUUUUUUUCUAUUACUUAGGCUUUCUGCAGUGUUUUGGGGCUUUAAUCAAUCCAUAUUUAAAGGCAAUGUUCCUCUGUUAGGACAAACUAUGUUCAUGGGAAAGACUGAAUGUGUCGUCUCAAAUGGAAAAUACCUUUAAAUGUAUAUUGUGCCAUUAAUACUGUAAUGCUUUAUUGACUCAUAUGAAAUGGAGCCCUAAAGACUGGACUGUUUAAAACUACCAAUGACAAGACACCUGGCACUAACUACAAGUGAGUUUGGUAAAUUAUUACCUUGCACUUAACAAACAUGGUUUACUGGGACACUUAUUUUCUGAAGUGUGUCCAAAUGUGUUUAAACACCUUGUGGCUUUUGUAUGUGUUUUUAUAUGUGACUAUACCCAAAGCUCACCAAGCAUAGCUGUUAUCAUCUAAAUAAAGUUCACGAAUGCUGGACAUGU